AUGAAUGAAUCUAUGUCUUUGGAAGACGACUCAUCUGUUGCUCAGCUUGAUGGAGCAAUCCCAACUUACAGUACUGUAGCUUCGCAGCUGACUGGGCACAAGGCAAGAACACUUAGCCCCAAAGAAGCUGAAAAGCUGGCAAAAGAACAGGUCUUAGUCUCUGACUUCAAACAACAGAAGCUAGAAGAAGAAGCUCAAAAGAACUGGGAUCUGUUUUACAAAAGGAACAGUACCAACUUUUUCAAGGACAGGCACUGGACAACGAGAGAAUUUGAAGAAUUAAAAGGCUGCCGUGAAUUUGACUUUCAGAAACUGACAAUUCUUGAAGCAGGCUGCGGUGUUGGUAACUGUUUGUUUCCACUUCUAGAAGAGGAUUCAAAUAUCUUUGCUUAUGCAUGUGAUUUCUCCCCUCGAGCUGUGGAAUAUGUAAAGCAAAACCCUUUGUACAAUACCCAGAGGUGCAAAGCGUUCCAGUGCGACCUUACCAAAGACGACCUUCUGGAAAACAUUCCACCCGAUUCUGUGGAUGUUGUGAUGUUAAUAUUUGUCCUUUCUGCUGUUCAUCCUGAGAAGAUGCACUUCGUUUUGAGCAACAUUUACAAGGUGUUAAAGCCAGGCAAGUGUGUGCUGUUCAGAGACUACGGCCUCUAUGAUCAUGCAAUGCUGAGGUUUAAGUCUGCAAACAAACUCGGAGAAAACUUCUAUGUCAGACAAGAUGGAACAAGAUCGUAUUUUUUCACAGACAAGUUUUUGGCUCGGCUCUUCCUGUCUGUGGGAUACGAGGAAGUGAUCAAUGAAUAUGUGCUGCGAGAAACUGUGAACAAGAAGGAAGGUGUGUGUGUGCCAAGGGUAUUUCUCCAAAGCAAGUUCCGAAAGCCUCAAAGGGAAACCUGAGUUUUCUUUCCAACAGCCCAGCAAAUGCAAAUGUUCCGUAGGAGCGGCUUUC